AUGCGAGGCGACGUGACUGGAAAUGGGAAUUCUUCUCAAGUGCUUUGGAGGCUCUUCUUCGACUUCUACCAAACAACCUUCCACAUCAGUAGAAUAUCUCUGCCAUCGCUUUUCUCUUUCCCAGCUUCAAAAAUCCACCGACGACUUCGACGACAGCCAUUUUCUCGGCCAAGGACGGCAUGGCAUGGCCCGGCGUACAGAGGUUGCAUCUCUGUCAAUGGCGAACUCAAAGAUGUUAUAAUGAAGCGUCUCGGACGCCGAUCAUCGAUUCCCUCAUACUCAGAGGGGCUCACACUGUACAAGAACGACGUAGUGUUCAUGUGCCAGCUCCACCACCCGAAUCUGCUGUCUCUUGUUGGAUUCUGCGAUGACAAAAAUGAAAUGAUUGUGGUCUAUGAGUAUGCCCCAAACGGAUCACUCCACCGUUUACUCGGAAGCAAGCCGCCAACAUUCUCGUGGAAGAAGAGGCUGGAAAUCAGCAUCGGAGUGGCGCGUGGACUGCACUACCUUCACUCCGGCACCAAACACAUCAUCCUUCAUCGCCAUAUAACAGCGGCCGCCAUUCUCUUGGGUGAGAACUGGGUUCCAAAACUCUCAUAUUUCGGGUUCUCUCCCAGAGGACCCAGGUUUUCAGCAAAGGAUAUGAAACCCCUCAAGAUGGAAUCCCUCAGGUGCCCUAAUGAAGGAUACACAGCUCCCGAGUGCUAUGGUGGAAGUAAUGUGACGUAUAAAAGUGACGUCUUUUCAUUUGGAGUAGUUUUGUUAGAACUCAUCUGCGGAAAGACUUUAUCCCAAAUCAGUGAGCACGAGGGGCGUCAAGUUGAGAACAUUGCAGAUUUUUUCCAAUUUACGCGGAGCGUAGUUAAGAAAGCACGCGAUUUGGCAGGAACAGGGAGAGCUGAGGGAAUUAUAGAUGAGAGUUUGGUGGGAGAAAUAAGAAGAGACUGUUGGAAAUUGUAUAUAGACCUAACAGGGAGUUGUUUGAGUGAAGAUCCCAAUGAGAGGCCUGAUAAGGGAGACGUUGAAGUGCAGCUUGAAUAUCUAUGCAGAUUCAAACAGUACAACGAUUCCCUGAUUUAA